UGCGCGAAUAUUGGGAGCCGGCAAAGUUUACGCGGAUCGCAAAAUACCGGUGGGUAACACGCGACGUCGGAGGUAGAGAAACAGUGCUUCAGCAAACUCGACAUUUUAAAGCUGUGUAAAUGCACUCAGUGAGAAAAUGAAUCAUUGUGGCGAGAAAAACCAAAUUUUUCUUUUAGUUCUCAAAGUCGGUUUCGUUCUUUGUUCCUUGUUCUCUCAUCAUUUCUAUGGUUGAUAAAGUGUCUAAGAAACUGUUUGUUGAGACCGGUUAUACGGUAACAAAAACGAUGAAUCUCAGUGUAAAUUAAUGAUAACGCAGAAGAUUAUUGGGUGUGACAAUGAUAUGUUUCCGGAACCAGCUGAUGAGGACGAUACGGUCACAUGUUCCGAUGACCUCUCCCUACCUUUCCACAUCCAUAAACACCAAAUAGAAAGCUGCUAGCCUUGACAGGUGGCGUCUGACGAGCUGUGCUAUCUGCCUGCUCAAAGGAAGAUUACACAAGGAGAGAAGUGUGCUACUUCUAUCAAAUAUCAGUGGGUCCGCUCCGUACUAAGGAACAAUUUGCCAACCUCUAUUCCUUUUCUCCGGUUAAGGCCAUUCAAAGGAUACAUGAGAAGGAUGUAAUCGAUGAUUAUAGAGGCGGCAGAAGAGAUGGACGCUGCCGCGUCAAGGUUAGCUAGGCACGCUUGUUUGAUGAAGGUCAACAGGUGUACGAGGACACGCCAAUAUAGCGGACGCGACAGAAAAACCGGUGAAGGGCCCCUUCGUUGAGAAAGCAUCCAUCGUUGGGGAGUUCCGGAAGCGAUCCGGAGGAGAAGUGUUUGUCGGAGAUGUCCGUGGCCGUUGCCACAUCGGAAACCGUCGCACCGGCUGCAGCUACUCUUAGUAAGGUCCUCUGCUCUGGAGCCAUGCGCAACGCGACAGCACAGGUACUAGCAGCAGCUCAUGCUCAGAUUCAGGAAAUGCACGCUAACAGUGGAAGUCGAGCAGUUGGUUACGUCAUCGUUGUUCUGUUACUCUACGCACUCGCAUUGGCAGUUGUCUUGAUCAAGUAUGUCCGUCAGGAACGAUACGAAGCUCGACUGUACCACAUCUACGACGAGUUCGUUCGCAGGGAUCGUUUUCUACGUCUCAGCAAGAGACACUCCUCGGCCGGACAUUCAGCUAUGUUCGCAGGUGUGACGAGCACAACGAACUGCGAAGAAAUGCCGCCACUGCAGUUCCCGCAUCCUGGAACUUUGACCAGCGGCAGUGCACUCAGUCCUGGGGCAUCGGGAGGGGUGCCGUAUUGUGGACCAAGCGGGGCCAAAACUCCGCCAGGACCCGCCGGCACAACUGGGCCCCUACGCAUACCGCAUAUACAUCUACCUGCCUCGAAAAUACGAAAUCCCCAUCCGCUCUCAGACGAGGAAGGCGAUGAUGACGGACCUAUUCAACUUUUUAGAUCACUGUACGACAUCGAAGCGGGUUACCUCUGUUUAGGUCAAGCCAGUGGGUCCUACGUACGUUUUCGGUCGUCUUUCUUACCAACAGGUUCAUUAUUACAACCUUUUCGUCGACAAGAGGAACUUUUAGGAGUGCGUGCUUCAAUCCCUGUUCGUGUCGAAGACUCACAACGGCAACUUGAUUCGACCGUGUAGAAGGCAGAAAGUUGAAUACAAGGGAAAGGAUAGCGUUACAUGCCAGCUUAGACAGUGUAUCAUAUCUGCCUAAUUCUUACCACCUACCCAUAUGUUUAGUGCUAUGGCUAUCUGUAUUAUUGUUAUAGUCAUUAUGAUUGUGAAGAUACGAGUCUCUCCGCUUCCCUGCUCCAUUUCGGUGUGCCAAAUCGGAUGGCCUGCGCGUAUUCACGAUGAAAUAUACUGUGUAUUAUUGCUAUAACAAUGUAUGUAUCACUUUUACACUGGUACUUUUUAAUGGUGACGACAAUAGAUGUCGUUGCCGUCAGUAUAUAUAAUAAAGAGAUGGACGUCUUGGGUGUAACAACAGUAAUUACAACGGUGGCACAUCGCUUACUAUUCUAUAUUAUUCAUAGCGAUGUAUAUAUACUGUACGUUCUUCAUUGUACAAUAACCAUAAAUUAUAUAUAUUAGUGACAAGACAAAUUGGGCAAACGACAUACACUAUGAUAAUACGUGUUUCUUCCAAAACAAUUCAGCAAAAUAACAACGACGAGAAAAUUUUUAUUGAUAUC